ACAGGCAUUGUAGCGAUGCACAUGCAGCUCCUCCAUAACAACAAGGUGGUCAUCUAUGACCGUACCGAUUUCGGUCGCUCCAACCUCUCUCUCCCCGGUGGCCUUUGCCGAUACGACUCUGGUGAACAAGCCCUUACAUAUGACUGCACUGCACACUCCAUUCUCUAUGAUACCACCACCAAUGGCUUCCGCCCCCUUAUGGUUCAAACCGAUGUUUGGUGCUCCUCCGGCUCGGUUAUACCCAACGGAACCCUAGUCCAGACUGGAGGCUUCAACGACGGUGACCACGUUGUCCGUACAUUCUCCCCAUGUCUUGAUCAUGAAAAUUGUGAUUGGCUUGAAUUUCCAGAAUACUUAUUAAGACGUAGAUGGUAUGGAACUAACCAUAUUUUACCUGAUGGUAGCAUAAUCAUUGUUGGAGGGAGAAGAGAAUACAGCUAUGAGUUUUACCCCCGGAAUCCUCAAGCUCCAUUUCUUCUACGUUUCCUGAUUGAGACAACAGAUUAUGCUGAGAACAAUUUGUACCCUUUUGUCCACCUUUUACCGGACGGAAAUUUGUUUCUUUUUGCAAAUACAAGAUCAAUAGUGCUAGAUUACAAGCAAAACCGUGUGGUUAGAGAGUUCCCUGAGAUCACUGGAGGUGAUCCGCGUAAUUAUCCAAGCACAGGAUCAUCCGUGUUGCUUCCUUUAGAUGAAAAUAACAAUGGCAGCAAUGUUGAAGCGGAGAUCAUGGUCUGCGGUGGCGCACCAAAGGAUUCAUAUGGACGAGCAUUGCGACAGGACUUUGUACGUGCAGUUUCCACAUGUGGGAGGCUCAAGGUUUCCCAUGCAAACCCUAAUUGGGAAAUGGAACCAAUGCCAACGCCGAGAGUUAUGAGUGACAUGUUGAUUCUCCCCACCGGUGAUGUGAUCAUAGUCAACGGUGGCGAAAGCGGUACUGCUGGGUGGAACAAUGCGCGGGACCCAGUAACCCGGCCGAUCAUCUACCGUCCAUCAGUACAUGAAAGUAGCUUGAGAUUCUCAGUUAUGUCACCGGCCUUCCGGCCGAGAUUGUACCAUUCCUCAGCUAUUCUCCUACCUGAUGGGCGUGUUUUGAUAGGCGGUAGCAAUCCACAGAUCUAUUACAACUUUACCAAUGUACUUUACCCGACCGACUUGAGCUUGGAGGCUUUCUCACCGCCGUAUUUAUCGGUUGAAUACACGGCAUUACGGCCGAGAAUCAUGCACGUGGAUCAAACAGUGAGGCACAGGCAGUCGUUUAGAGUGAAAUUCAUUGUGCUAAAUUUCUUGUCAGGGAAUGUUGUAUCAGUGAGAAUCAUUGCACCGUCAUUUACAACGCAUUCUUUUGCAAUGAAUCAGAGGAUGGUGGUAAUGAAUAAGCUUGGCGUUUCACGGGUCGGGCCUGCUGUGUAUAAUGUGGACGUUGUGGCCCCGUCGACGGCUGAGAUUGCUCCUCCGGGGUACUAUUUGUUGUUUUUGGUGCAUGCCGAAAUUCCUAGUCCCGGUGUGUGGUUGAAGAUAGAGUGACGAGUUGUUGGGUAGAACACAGUUGUUGCCUUGUUGGGUAGAAUAA